AUGUUUCCAUGGACUUUAUUUUGUCUGCCAUUAAUUUUAAAUCAUUAUUUCUUGAUUGAUUCAUUUGUGCGUUUUGAUAUUGAUGUUGUCCGUAAAAACUAUGUUGUGUUGGGCAGCAUCUUGGGUUUUGCGCUGAUAAUUGUCCUGAGUCUCUAUAUUGAUUUGUAUGAGUACUUUGUCGUGGUGUGUGUCCACAUGUUGGAUAUGUGUGGUAAUCAUAUGAAUAUUGAUUUUGAUAUUCUUCGCAUCGCUCUCUGUUUAGACGUUCUGAUUCUUGGUACUGAUGUUGAUUUCGUGCUGGCUGAUGAUAUGAUCUUCGGAAUAUUUCAUCUCCUGGUUCAUUGUUUUCGUUCGCAUCAUCGUAUGUCUAUGGUCUUUUAUUUUUUGAAUUCUCUGGUACCUCCAGAUAUGUUGACUCGACAAUCUUUUCUUUGUGCUUGUGCAAUAAUGCAAGAUCAUCAAGAUCCUUUAGUUCAAGCAGAGGCAACUGGAUGUCUUCAACAGUUGCACUUAUUUGCCCCACGUCAUGUAAAUUUAUCUUCUCUUGUGCCAACUUUAUGCCGUACAUUAUCAAGCAAUCAUUUACUCCUUCGUAAAGCAGCAAUAUCGUGUUUAAGACAACUUGCUCAGAGAGAAGCUAAGGAAGUAUGUGAACACGCGAUGAGUUUAGCAAACGAAAGUAGAGAUACAAAUAUUGUUGAAGGUUUAACAAUAACAGAGACAGGUCUUCCGGGAGUUCUUUUUAGUUUAUUAGACAUUGAAACUGAUAGUGGACUCAUUAAAGAUAUACACGAUAUUUUAACAAGUAUGCUACAAAUGUUAGCGGCUAAUAAUCUCUCUCUUUGGAUAGCUCUUUGCAAAGACGUACUUACAGUAGCAUCAGAAGCUAGUACAUGUGAAGAAAUAGCAAUAAUAUCUAAUGAAGAUAGCCUUGUAGGUAAUGACAGUGCUGAUACAGAAGGUGAUGAUGACCAAGCGGAGUUUCAUGCCGAUGAAUCUAAACUGCGCCCUAGUGUAUCUCCAAGGUGGCCAACGCGUGUUUUUGCUGCUCAAUGUGUCCGUCGUAUUAUAACCACUUGUAUAAAUAAUAAUAAUAAUAAUAAUAAUAAUAAUAAUAAACAAGCACAUUUCGACUUAUCAGUCGCUAAAGAAUUGCAGCAAGUAAAAGGUCGAGGUGAUUAUCUAGUUUUACAUCUAUCUGAUCUUGUACGAAUGGCUUUUAUUGCUGCAACCAGUGAUUGUGAUCCAUUACGUUUGGAGGGAUUGAAAACUCUUCAAGAAAUUAUUGAAAAGUUUGCUAAAGUACCUGAACCUGAGUUCCCAGGACAUUUACUUCUAGAGCAAUUUCAGGCGCAAGUAGGAGCUGCUUUAAGACCAGCAUUUUCUCCAGAUACACCAUCUCAUGUUACUGCUGCCGCUUGUGAAGCUUGCAGUGCUUGGAUAGGCAGUGGAGUAGCUCGGGACCUUAAUGAUCUUCGACGUGUUCACCAAUUGCUUGUUUCAUCAUUAGAAAAAUUACGUGAUGGCCAUACACGUCCGCAAUUAUAUAAUGAAAGUCUUCUAACUUUAGAAAGAUUGGCUAUUCUUAAAGCAUGGGCUGAAGUAUAUGUUGUAGCGAUGAUAAACAACGGAUCUACUCCAAAUAUACGUAAUUCAUCGUUAAGAAAUAUUAGUAAAACAGAAAAUACAGACAAUGAUGAUUUUGGUCAAUUUGAAUUUCAAAAUGAGAGUCUCUUGAGUUUAGUACAACCUGAAUUAUUGAGUUUAAGUCAAUAUUGGCUUGCAGCAUUACGUGAUCAUGCUUUACUCUUAUUACCACCAGAAUUUGCAAGUCAAUUACCUCACGAAGGAGGUGCAUUUUACACAACAGAUACAAUAGAAUCUGCAAGGCCUUAUUAUAUUAAAUCAUGGUCACCUAUUCUUCAUGCUGCUGCUUUGUGACUUUUAUUGACGCAAGACAACUGUAUAAUUCAAAUGAUGACAAUGGAAGUACUGAAACAAAUUGUAAAGGCUGUUGAAGAAAAUUUAGAAGAAGAAAAAUUAAUCGAAUUAAAAAAAUUGGUGCCAGCUAAUUCAGAAGCGAUAAAUCGUGAAGAAUUAGAAUUAUUGGGCGAAGGAGGAGAAACAGGAGAAUUGAAGCCAGGCAAAUCAUUCAUUUUUGCAGUUUUAGAAAUUUGUCUUUGUGUUUUAGUUCGACAAUUACCUGCUUUGAAUCCUAAUCCUGAAGGAACAACUGCUAUUCUAUUACAAAAAAGUUACGUUGCUUCUGAAGAAAAUGGAAAACUUAUUACUUUAACUCUCAGUAUUAUGGAAACUCUUCCAUCUCUUUGCUCACCUCAAGGUGCUCUAUCAAUUCUUCCAACUCUUCUUUAUUUAGCUACUGGUAUUAUACGAGAAACUGGAGUUCGAGUUGAUAAUCAAAAUACCAGAACAGCAUCGGAGUCAUCUGUUCAUGCUUCGUUACAUUGUUUGAAGAGUUUCAUUACAAAUAAAUAUUCGAGGUAUACGGUAAGUCAAAAACAGUGGACGGAAUUACUUCAAAGUGCUCUUGCUAAAAUAAUCGAUUUAGCUAAAUCAGGAAAUGAUGAGACAAAAAUGGAUGAAGUUACAAUGAUGCUGAUGCUGAUGCUGAUGUUGAUGUUGUUUCUGGUUCCCGGAACAGAGUAA